CCACAGCUUGUUUAUUAUUCUUCCAAUGUGACUGAAGGAAACAUCUUAAUUAAAUUAACUCUUAAUUGUGGUUCCAAUUUUCAUUUGUAUUUGUUUAACUGUUGUUUCUAAAUUACAAGUAAACGUUGUAGCUGAUGAAUUGUUAAGGGAACACUUUUAAGAUAUCAAUGGCUUCUACUUUUAAAUUAAUUAAUCGUGUGAAAUGUUGGCUACCUGGUAAUUCGUUGGCUGUUGGAAGAUGGAAUCUGGUGAGAUGUUUUCAUGAGGUACCUGAAUUUAAAAGUGAUCACAGCUUAGAGAAAAUUUAUCCUAAUAGUAAAUUGGAUCCAUUUAGAAAUGUUGAGGUUUCACAGUCAUCAGAUAAAUUUAAUGGUUAUAUUCCAGUUGACAAAUUAACAGUAACUAGAGUUAGAGCUAGUAAACCAGGAGGACAAAAUGUUAAUAAAAGUAAUACCAAAGUGACGAUUACAUUUAAAUUAUCUGAAGCCGAUUGGAUUCCUGAACCUGUGAGAGAUAAAUUAGCUUUAUUACAUAAGAAUUCAAUAAACAAAGAAGGCGAAUGGAUAAUUAGAUCCCAGAAGACAAGAACGAGUUCUCUUAAUUUAGCUGAUUGUAUGGAUAAAUUAAGAGUUUAUAUAACCGAAGCAGAGGAAUCGAUUCCUCCUCCCGAAGAUCCAGUGACAAUUGAGAUGAGACGAGAACGAUAUGAAAAAGCAGCUCAAGAGAGACUAAGACAGAAACGACAUCGAUCAAUGGUCAAUCGAAUGAAAACUUAUGCUUAUCAUGCAGAAUAGUUGAACAGUUCGAACUAAUCAUCGAAUUAAACUUAUAUACACAUAAUAUUAACUAAUUUGUUUAGAAUAUAAAUAAAAAAAAAAUUCUUAAAUAGUGAAAAGGAAGAGAGAGAAAAAGAAAAUUAUGAAUGAUUAUCCUUCUGGCUUUCAUUUCACCACAAAUUAUGUAACAAUAUCCACAAAUUGAUGAAUAACUACAAUCGAAUUUAAAUUAAUUACGAUUGGUUAAUUAACUAUG